UUUCUCUUUUCAGAUGGGGGUUCUCUGAUGGCAGCUGAGGGUCUGUGGAGUUUUCUGGAAGAGCCGUGUUUGACUUGUGCAUUCUCAAUGUAAACCAAUACAUUCAGACAAAGCUAUUGCCUUGUGGUUUGCAUGGAAAGGAUGAUGCGCGAGAACUUUAGGAAGCAUUUUCUAAGCCGUCUGUUGCUUUCUAGGGUGUAAACUGUGGCAUGCGCCUGGGAUUAAAACAUUUCAAUGAGGAUUUUAGGUGCACCCUGAUGCCUGCAUGUUUAGAAGAAAUACUUCAUGGCCUGAACUUUAAUCGGCGCUGAAGUUGCUUGGAGGCUUUCAGUUUGCAGAUUUUCUUCUCUUCUGCAAGCUGAAAGAUGUUCCAGUUUAUACAGAAAAAGAUUCACAAUCACCUCGUGGAGCGUAAAAUCAGCAGAACCCGUCUGGUUACUAAGGACGGCCACUGCAACAUUAAAUUUGGGACCACUGAAUAUCAAAACCAUUUUGCUUUCCUCAUGGACUUCUGGACUACAUUCGUUGAAAUCCGCUGGUGUUUUGUCAUCGUUUUAUUUGUGGCCGCCUUCACCGGAAGCUGGUUCAUUUUUGGCUUGCUCUGGUAUUCGCUCGCAAAAAGUAAUGGAGACUUAAUUCAAAAUCCAUCAGAACCUUACCAUAUGAAAUGCAUUGAGAACAUUAACAGUCUUACUACUGCCUUCCUGUAUUCUCUAGAGACCCAGACAACUAUCGGUUAUGGAGGUCGCGCUCUCACGGGUCACUGCCCGGGCACGGUCGCCCUGUUAAUCAUCCAGUCCCUAAUGGGUGCUAUAAUAAACUGCUUUAUGUGUGGACUCAUACUCGCAAAGAUCUCCCUCCCAAAACGAAGAGCGAAAACGGUCACCUUCAGUGAAACGGCAGUGGUCAGUUUGUGGAACGGAAAUCUGUGUCUUCAGAUUCGAGUGGCCAACCUGCGAAAGACCCUUCUUAUCGGCAGCCAGAUUUAUGGAAAGCUCUUGCGGACCACCAUCACUCCAGAGGGCGACACCAUCAUACUGGACCAGGUGAAUGUUGACUUUUCCGUGGAUGCUGGGAAGGACAAUCUCUUCUUUGUCUGUCCAAUUACGCUGUACCAUGUGAUCGACAAGUCCAGCCCAUUUUCAGAGAUGUGUGCUGAUGUUCUUCAAAAGCAGGACUUUGAGCUGGUGGUCUUCUUGGAGGGUACGGCUGAAUCCACCAGCUUGUCCUGCCAGGCGAGGACUUCUUACCUGCCGCAGGAGAUCCAGUGGGGUUACGGCUUCCUGCCCGUCAUUUCUCGAACCAAAGCUGGAAAAUAUCGCGUCGACCUGUCCAAUUUUUGCAAAACAGAGCCGGUGGUUACACCACAGUGCGCUUGCUGUUUCCAAAAUAAACAUAAUAUGGAACUCAUCCUCCACCAACACACAUGUGAAGGCAUUGAUAAUUUGGGAUUUGAUGUUAUUGAUCUUCAAGAUAGCGUUGAUAUAAAUGAGAAAGGUGACUGAGGGUUUGACUAACGGUUUAGAUUUAUAUUUAUUAACACUAUACGUGCAUGCAGUGUCAUGUAUUGUUCAGAUCUGUGAAAGGUAGAAGUCACAUUAGGUUUUGUAACACACCACCCAUGUCUGUAUCAGAGCUGUGACCAAUAACUUUAAUCUCGGUUUUAUACAAUUGGAUCCGUGUUGUUUCCUGAGAUGUCUGACAAUAUCAUACAAAAAAUUCUGAAAAAUGGGACCCUUUAAAAAGGUCCUAAUAUGUACAAAGCUGUACUUUUUUGGAAGGGUACCACCCCAGUGACAGCCGUUGACUCAUAAAGCAUAGAGAAGAAUACUUGAAUUUUGUUUUUCAUUGUGUUUCAUUAAUGUCUUACUCUUAGCAGAACAGUUUUAGAAACACAAUUAACGUGAGUACUUUAAGUGCUCGUUGAUGGCAGCAUGCUGAGUGUUCAUUGGAGGAUUAAAACAGAAACCAAAUUCAAGCGUAACAGUAGCACGUAGACCCCUUUUAAAUUUAAUUUUAACAAAAUUAUCCAUAUGAUAACAUUUGUGUUAUAGGAGUCUUAAAAAAAGUUUUAAGGAAUGUCAUACUAAUUAUAUUUUAAAAAUGUCACUGUGAAGAUUAAACGGAUUGACCCAUAUAAGAACUAUGAACCAAUUGACUUUUAUAUAGGUUAUGAGUCAUAACAUUUCAUAGAGACAGAAAGCCAUCACAAAGAAAAAUCUGAAUCCAUAUAAAGGUAAGAUAUCUUUAUUUGUUAAUUGGUGAAACAUUUUAGCAGAUGAUCAGUACACUUAAAAUAAUGUUCCUCAACUGUUUUUGUUCAGUAAUCAGAUUUUAAACAUACAUAUGUUUGUAUAUAGUUUUAUUAAAUAUACUUUAUAAUUGUUUUUAGAUAUGAAGUGGGUAAAUAUAUAGCAGACCACCAAACAUAACCUGUAUUUAAAGUGAUCUAGGUAUUUUUGUUGUGUUCCCAAACUUCUGCCUAAAUAAUUCAUGAGAGAGAAAUCUGUGUCAAUUAACCGCACAUAAAAUAGUUUAUAGUCAACAACAAGAGGAAGUGUUUAAUAUAGAAAGCCUAUUUAUUUUGCUGUCUGAUGUUAAGUGGUUAACUGACCUAAAUGAAAAAAAUAAAGUAUAGCCUACUUCAAU